AUGGCGGAAACAAAGAGUUCUUUGUCAGUGGCAAGUGACGAGAGUCUGCGUGGCGGUUCAAGCAGCAUUCAGCAGUCAGAGGGCACGGUGAAGGAAACAAAGAGUUCUUUGUCAGUGGCAAGUGACGAGAGUCUGCAAGGAACGGACCAAGUCGGGGCGGACGUAGGUUUGGUGGACGAACAGCAGGUCCCCCGUAGUGGCGGUUCAAGCAGCAUUCAGCAGUCAGAGGGCACGGUGAAGGAUUUUGGAGUUUCCGAUAUUGAUGACGAAGAACAAGAAUAUGAUGAUGAAGAACCGGCGUUCAGCGAAGAAUGCCUGAGAACGAUGAAGAUCGAUGCCAAGGCCAAUUUCACCAACAUUCGAAGACGUUUGCUGAAUCGGAUAGUGAACGGAGAGGGGAUUGGUGAUGACGACCUUGGAUAUCUGGAACACGCGUACUCUGGUGCAGCAGGCGUCGUGGGCGAUCUUCUGGGACUGUGUUCUGGAGACGGAGACUUGUCGAAACGGAGGAAGCUGGUUGCGGAGCUGGAAGAGCUUGAGGAGAAGUACAGCGCAGCUGUGAACAGAGCACUGGAAGAAGCCACGUACAGCGCUAGUGUUGGUGGGCGGUUUGGAGCUGGUCAUGGCUUGGGAUACAGCCAGUACUCGACGGCGAGGUACUCAGCUCCAAUGAUGACGCCAGAUCACUUGACGGAGGUGGGUGCGGAGCGGUCUGUCUUUGGCCAGUUGGGGGCCAGGUCAAUGCUGUACUCUGGGUCUGCUGGCUCUGGGCUGGUGGAAUCUGGCAUGGAGACUUCUCCUAGUAGCCUAAGUGCCUUGGCCUUUCAUGAGAGUCAAGGUGUCGCAAGUCCACUCCUGGUUCCAACACCAUCUACUGCCAGUACCUCUAGUGCUGAUCAGACCAGCAAUGGCAGUGCAUCAGCGCCAGUGACCGGUUCCAGUGGUAGCAGUGUGUCAGUGGCCAGUGCUAAUGAUGGUACUGCCAGUAGUACUAUGCCAGGCGCAGUCAGUCAGCCCACCAAGAGGAGCAGCGUCAGCAACACCACACUGGGAACGGCCCAGCUGACCAAGAAGUCUGUUCAGUUUAGUCAGAGCCACCAGUCCACUGCCAGCACUCAGUCCAGAUUGAGACCAGCAGUGAGUGUGUUCUUACCCCCUAGAACGGUCCCUGCAGCUGGAGGUGCAGCUGGAGGUGCAUCAACGGUCGUCCCCGCUGUGACAGUCCCCAACACAUCCAUGGCUCCCCAACCGACUGGGUCCUCGAGCAGCCAUAUGUAUCAGCCUCCACUGACGGGUGAACGACCACUAGCAGCCGACAUCGGGCCAUGGGCGAGCAUGAAGAAGAUCACAAUACCCACAUUCGAUGGCGAUAAACGGCGCUUCGAGUCCUGGUGGGCAGCGUUUUCCACCUGUGUGGACAAGGCACCGCUAACCGCGGAAUGCAAGAUGCUUCGACUAAGACAGUAUGUCCAGGGUGAGCCGUUGAAAGCCAUCGACCGAUUCGGGUACACCAUCGCUGCGUAUGAUGCAGCCAAGGCCCUAUUGCACCGAAAGUAUGGCGGAGAGAGGCGCCGAGUUGCCAUCCAUCUGGAGGAAAUUGAGGCCCUCAAACCCGUGCGGAAGGAGCACCCGAGAGACCUGGAGCGGUUCUCGGAACUGCUGGCCGUCGCCGUCAUUAACUUGAAGGACUCGGGCCGAGCUACUGAGCUGGCGGCCGGAACCUUCUACCUGACUCUUCUCAAGAAGCUGGACGAGCAGCUGAUCACCCGCUACCACCGGUGGCGGCAUGAACAAGCUAAGGCUGAGUCGGUAGAAGAGCUGCUUGAGUACUGUACCCAGGAAGCAGAGUUCAUGGUCUCCGCUGCGGAGACGAAAGCUGGCUUGAGUCCCGUGAGUAAGGCAGAGCCGUCACAGCCAACAAAGGUCCACCGGUCGCCUCGACCAAGCACGUUCGUGACCAGCAGCCAGCCGGCAGCCAACUCACAAAAGUGCAUCGUGUGCCAAGGUGAACACAAGCUGUGGCAGUGCCUAUCCUUCAAAGCUGCGACAGUGAACAAGCGAUGGCGCAUUGCCAAGGAUUCAGGUGUGUGUUUCCGCUGCCUGGAUGUCGGCCACAAUGGAUGCGACUGCACGCGGAGUCGGCCAUGUGGUUUGGACGGGUGCACGAAGCUCCACCAUCGCUUUCUGCACGCCACACAGAGCAGAGGCCCUGUGUUUAGCAGCGUGACGCGCCCGUCCACACAGACACCAGCAGCGAACUCUGUCUCAGGGCGUUGGGCAGGACGCGCGAUGCCAAACACAACUAGCACCCAACAGUCGUCCAGCCAAACAGAGCAGCAGACAUUCUGCUCCGUCGUCACGGAGGGUUCUCAGUCCACGGAAGAGGAGUGCUACGCCUCCCAGAGCACCGACGUGUCCAUCAGCCUGAGGACGAUACCGGUCACCAUCAAGCACGGCGACACAAGCAUUCACGUCAAUGCACUGUUGGACGAUGGCAGCACCAUGAGCUACAUCAGUGAGGGCGUAGCACACGAACUUGGUCUGCACGGGGAGUUGCAGAGCAUCACGGUCAACACGUUGGACGGAACACCGAGUACAUUUCAGUCGGUGCAUGUGUCGUGCAGCGUAAGUGUCAACGGCGUGUUCAGCACAGACCUCCAUGCUUGGACAGUGCGGCACCCAACAGGACGCCUGAAGCCAGUCAACUGGCGCCGCAGCGCAUCGACGUGGCCACAUCUCAAAGGGAUCCGUUUCCCUCCCACCGCCAAGCCUGAUCGGGUCGACGUUCUGCUCGGCCUGGACUGUAUCGCAGCGCACCAGUCCUUGCACGAGGUGACUGGUAAGCCUGGUGAACCAGUCGCACGGCUCACCCCGCUAGGAUGGACCUGUGUGGGGCCGGUACGGGCGAGCCCAGGCAGUUCGCGUAUGGGGCAUGCGUACCAUGCGCAGCUGCAGCUCGGCAGCAAUGAGAUCAGUAAGCUGCUGCGUCGCUUCUGGGACGUCGAGGAGUUAGCCGUACCCGACUUGCCACACUUGUCACCGGCGGAGGAGAAACUGCUCACACAGACACGGGAAUCUCUGGCGUUCAGCGACGGUCGGUAUCAUGUGGGCCUUCCGUGGAAGACAACACCACCGGUCCUGCCCGACAACUUCGCCAUGGCACGCAAACGACUGAUUGGCACCGAGCGGAAGCUGCUGCUAACGGACGGUCUGGGUACCAAGUACAGCGCCAUCAUCCAGGAGUACUUGGCAAAGGGCUAUAUCCGCCGUGUGCCGAAGGAGGAACCACGACCACACAGCAUCUGGUACCUGCCUCACUUUCCGGUGGUCCGUCUGGACAAGCAGACAACGAAAGUGAGGAUUGUAUUUGAUGGGUCGGCGCAGUUCCAAGGCGUCGGAGUGAACGACUUCCUCAACAAGGGGCCGAAGCUGCAACGGGACAUCUGCAACGUGCUCCUGCGGUUCCGCAAGCAUCCUGUUGCCAUUGCCUGUGACAUCAAGCAGAUGUACCUGCAGAUUGGUGUGCACAAAUCCGACCGGCCAUACCAACGAUUCCUAUGGCGCAACUGUGAUGCCGAUGCGCAGCCUGCAGUGUAUGAGUUCCAGCGUGUGGUAUUCGGACUCGCCUCAUCACCAUUCCUCACUCAGUUCGUCUCCCAGGAGCAUGCGAGGGUGCUCACCAGUACGGAUGAACGUGCGGCUGAAGCAGUCAACAAGUCCACAUACAUGGACGACACGCUUGAUUCCGUGCCAACCGUCGCUGAUGGCAUCGCACUCUACAAGUCUCUUGUGAAGGUGUGGGAGUCGGCCGGCAUGCACCCGACGAAGUGGCUCUCAAACUCGGCCGAGCUUCUGACAGUGAUCCCUGAGUCAGAACAUGGACGCUCCAUCGACCUGUCACCAGGGGAGCUGCCAAGAGUGAAGACGCUAGGUAUCUCGUGGUCAGCUGCUAGCGACGCUUUCAGUUUUGCCAUCCCACCGGAUUCGGGCCAGGAGUUCAGCAAGCGGAGCGUGCUGCAACGGGUAGCAUCCGUCUUUGACCCGCUGGGUCUGCUGGCGCCGUACAUCAUCCGAGGCAAGAUGCUCAUCCAGGAACUGUGGUUGCGAGGCUCGACCUGGGACGACCCACUGGAGCCCUCUGUGGACAAGCUGGUGAAGGAGUGGAUUGCUGAUGCGCGGGAUCUGCAGACGCUACGCAUUCCAAGACCACUCAUGGCAGCUGACGGUGUGUCGUCGCUGCACGUAUUCGCAGAUGCCUCCGAGAAGGCAAUGGGUGCUGUCGCCUACAUCAUUUCCAAGGACCCCAGUGGAGCUACAUGCCGACUCGUUGCAGCUAAGUCUAAAGUCGCCCCGCUGGAAGCGGUGAGCAUCCCACGACUAGAGUUGAUAGCCGCCGUCAUGGCAGCCCGUUUGGCAGCCGUCGUCAGCCGUGCUCUCGAGAUGCAGGAUAUCUAUCUGUGGUCUGACAGCAUGAACGUCCUCUGGUGGAUCCAUGGUCACAGUCGGCAGUUCAAGACAUUCGUGGCCAAUCGCGUCUCUGAGAUUCGUCGUCUCACACAGCCAGAGCAAUGGCGGCAUGUGACCACUGACCAGAACCCCGCAGAUCUGGUCUCUCGUGGGUGUACUGCAGCAGUGCUGACAUCAUCGGACCUAUGGUGGACUGGGCCCGCUUUCCUGUCAACCGACGAGCCAUGGCCUGCCAGCCCUACGCUUCAGCCCAGCUCCGGCGCUCGGCACGAGGUCAAAGGUUUGCCACGCAACCGCUCGCAGGACAUGCAAACGUAUCAUGCAGACGUCCAAAGUGCCAACGAUGCACCACCCGAGCAGGAUUGGAUCAUUGACCCAGCAAAGUGGCUAGACUGGCAGAAGACCAUCCGUACGCUCACAUGGGUCCGGCGGUUCAUCUCGAACUGCCGUGCAGCGGCAGAGGAUCGCCUGGCAGGAGAGCUCACCCCGAUUGAGUUGGCUGACGCAGAGCUGUACGUCGUUCGGAACACGCAGCGUGAUGCGUUCGCUGCUGAGAUAGUCCUCCUGAGGAAACGCAAAGCAGUACAUGCUACCAGUAAGCUGGCCAAGCUAUGUCCAUUUCUUGACGACGACGGUGUUCUACGCUGUGAAGGGCGCUUGCAGUAUGCAGAGUUCCUACCACGAGACGCUGUCCAUCCGAUCAUCCUGCCGCGGAAGCAUGCCGUGACCAAGAUGCUCAUCAGGUUCCAACACGAGAAGGGCAAGCACGCUACGGGGACGAACGCAACAUUGUCUGCGCUGGCCGCCCGCUAUUGGGUCAUCGCCGCACGGGAGGCCGUCCACGAGUGGGAACAGGAAUGCGCAGUCUGUCGCCGGUACCGGAGCAAGCCAGCUGGGCAGCGAAUGGCACCGCUGCCGGUCAGUCGGAUCGUGCCCUCUCACCGUGCGUUCAGCCGCGUGGGCGUCGACUACGCCGGCCCCUUCCUCACCAUGCAGGGACGCGGUCGGGCCAGAACCAAACGCUAUCUGUGUGUAUUCACGUGUCUGGAGACGCGCGCUGUACAUCUGGAGCUCGCAUUCUCACUCGACACAUCUAGUUUCAUCAACUGUUUCUUCCGGUUCGUGAGCCGGCGCGGCCUUCCCAAUCAAGUCAUAUCGGACAAUGGCACAAACUUUGUUGGUGCAGUUCGGGAGCUGAAGGACCUCAUUCGCAACAUCGACCAAGCCAAAGUCCAGACGGGCACCGCACAUCAUGGUGUGUCCUGGUCGUUCAACCCUCCAGCAGCACCUCAUUUCGGUGGUGUGUUCGAGAUUAUGGUGAAGGCAGCCAAACGUGCUAUUUACCACAUUCUGUCUGGCAGUGACAUCACCGACGAGGAUCUGCUGACCGCCUUUGCCGGAGCAGAGGAUCUGAUCAACUCUCGCCCGAUCACUGCCAUAUCAGUCAACCCCAACGACAACUUGCCCCUCACCCCGAAUCAUUUUCUGAACGGGAGACUUGGAGAAGUCGUCCUACCGGAGUCAGACCAUCCGCGUCAGCGAUGGCAACGCAUUCAGGAGCUGCUUGGGCAUGUCUGGCGUCGCUGGAUCCAAAAGUGGCUGCCUCAGCUCAGCAAGCGGGUCAAAUGGACGGCAGACCAACGCAACGUGAAGGUUGGUGAUGUCAUGCUGUUGCUGUCACCAGACACCGCUAGGCGUAAAUGGCCAUUGGUUCGGGUUCUGGAAGUCUACCCCGGGAAGGAUGAACGAGUACGUGUUGCCAAGGUGCAGGUGGGUGAUCGUACUCUUGUGCGACCCAUCAACCGCUUGUGCCCGCUGGAGUAUGCGCCAGAGUGA